AUGGGGGUGACGGCCGCCCUUGGACCCCGCGACGCCGCCCCUGCAGCAGCCGCCUCCGUCCCGUCCGCGCUUGCCCUCGUGCAGUCGCCCUGUCUCGCCCGCGCCCUCGUGCGCUCUGCUGCUGCGCGCGCCCUCGUGCGCUCCGCUGCUGCGCGCGCCCUCGUGCGCUCCGCUGCUGCCCGCGCCCUCGUGCGCCCCGCUGCUGCCCGCGCCCUCGUGCGUCCUGCUGCUGCACGCGCCCUCGUGCGCUCUGCUGCUGCACGCGCCCUCGUGCGCUCUGCUGCUGCCCGCACCCUCGUGCGCCCUGCUGCUGCCCGCGCCCUCGUGCGCGCUGCUGCUGCCCGCGCCCUCGUACGCGCUGCUGCUGCCCGCGCCCUCGUGCGCCCUGCUGCUGCCCGUGCCCUCGUGCGCUCUGCUGCUGCCCGCGCCCUCGUGCGCCCUGCUGCUGCCCGCGCCCUCGUGCGCCCUACUUCUGCCCGCGCCCUCGUGCGCUCUGCUGCUGCCCGCGCCCUCGUGCGCCCUGCUGCUGCCCGCGCCCUCGUGCGCCCUGCUGCUGCCCGCGCCCUCGUGCGCUCUGCUGCUGCCCGCGCCCUCGUGUGCUCUGUUGCUGCCCGCGCCCUUGUGCGCCCUGCUCUGCCCGUGCCCUCGUGCGCUCUGUCUCACCCGCGCCCUCGUGCGCUCUGCUCUGCCCGCGCCCUCGUGCGCACUGCUGCUGCCCGUGCUCUUGUGCGCUCUGCUCUGCUAGUCGCCCUUCGCGGCGGCCCCGUCGAUCCGCACGUCGCCCUGCGGCCCCCUUCCCGCACACCCAAGUUCGCUUUCCGCACAACCGACUGA